CGUCACGUCCGGCGCGCGGCGAUGGCGGGGCGCGGGCGGGCGGUGCGAUGGAGGCAACCCGGGCGGGCGGCGGCGGUGGCACCACCGGCGGCACCGCGCACGUCAGCUUCGUGUGCCAGCGCUGCUGCCAGCCGCUCAAGCUCGACACCUCCUUCAAGGUGCUCGACCGCCUCACCAUCCAGGAGCUCACCGCCCCGCUGGUGAGCGCCGCCCCGGCCAGGCCCGGGGACCUGCACGAAGAGGAGAGCGCCCUGACGGAGGUACGGCGGGGCCGGGCGCGGCGGGGCUCGGUGGCAGCAGCUCUCCCGGGCCUGCCGGUCACGAUGUUUCCUUGCCUCCAGGAAGCUUUCGUGGAGAACCGGCAGGAUGGCGUGUCCAGGAGGUUUAUCCCGCCUGCCAGAAUGAUGUCAACAGAAAGUGCCAACAGUUUCACGCUGAUCGGAGAGGCCUCAGAUGGUGGCACCAUGGAAAACCUCAGCAGGAGACUGAAGGUCACUGGCGACCUCUUUGACAUCAUGUCUGGGCAGACAGACGUGGAUCACCCACUGUGUGAGGAAUGCACAGACACUCUGCUGGACCAGCUGGACACACAGCUCAACAUCACUGAGAACGAGUGCCAGAACUACAAGAGAUGCCUGGAGAUACUGGAGCAAAUGAACGAGGAUGAUAAAGAGAAGCUGCAGACAGAGCUGAAGGAACUGGCACUGGAGGAAGAGCGGCUGAUUCAGGAGCUGGAGGAUGUGGAGAAGAACCGCAAGAUUGUGGCUGAGGACUUUGAGAAAGUCAAGGAAGAGGCUGAGUGGCUGGAGCAGGAGGAGGCUCAGUACCAGAAGGAAUACUGUGAGUUCAAGAGGCAGCAGCUGGAGCUGGAUGAUGAGCUGAAAAGUGUGGACAACCAAAUGCGCUAUGCCCAGAUGCAGUUGGAUAAACUAAAGAAAACCAACGUGUUCAAUGCCACCUUUCACAUCUGGCACAGUGGGCAGUUUGGCACAAUAAAUAACUUCAGGCUUGGCCGCCUCCCCAGCGUUCCUGUGGAAUGGAACGAGAUCAACGCUGCCUGGGGGCAGACUGUGCUGCUGCUGCAUGCCCUGGCCAACAAAAUGGGCCUGAAGUUCCAGAGAUACCGCCUUGUCCCCUAUGGCAACCACUCCUAUUUGGAGUCCCUCACGGACAAAUCCAAGGAGCUUCCCCUGUACUGCUCUGGAGGCUUGAGGUUCUUCUGGGACAAUAAGUUUGAUCACGCCAUGGUGGCAUUCCUGGACUGUGUGCAGCAAUUCAAAGAGGAAGUGGAGAAAGGUGAAACUCGCUUUUGUUUGCCUUACAGGAUGGACGUGGAGAAAGGAAAGAUCGAAGACACAGGUGGCAGUGGUGGCUCUUAUUCAAUUAAAACACAAUUUAACUCUGAAGAGCAGUGGACAAAAGCACUAAAAUUCAUGUUAACUAACCUGAAAUGGGGCCUGGCCUGGGUCUCAUCCCAAUUCUAUAACAAGUAACUGUGAUCAGAACUUGGCCUGGCAGCCAUGGAGUGUCUGCAUUGUGUUGGAGAAAGGCAAAUUAAGAUGUCUCUUUAUAUUAACCAGUACAAAAUGUUUACAAUACCAAAAAUCCACAAGACACUUUAUUUAAAAUGCCAUUAUUACAAGUAGUUUGUAGAAAAGCAAUAUGCAAAGUUGUAUCAUUGAGUUGAACAGAAUAAAACCCAGCUAUUAAAUGGA